CCAUAGCAGCGAACGACUGCUACUAGUGCUACUAGGUGCCGAGCAGCUUCUAGCUAGGUGCUCUGGCUGCUGAGUGCUGUGUCUAUGGGAGCAAUUCACUAGUUCAGGUCGGAGGAGAUCAGGCGAGAGGUUUGUAGGCGCUGUAGAUGUACAUGUACCUCCAGUACGCUGGCAAAAUAGCUCAGAGCGUGGCUCACAACAUUUGUGGCAAUUACUGGCAGUGUAGGCUGUAGUUGUAUCGUCUUCGCUCCGUUUUGGGCUCGAAGAACGAUGCGGACGCGCAACAAUGGCACAGCGACGACGUAUCACAGUCUCCUCACACCGUUUACUAGUGUGCCCUCUCAUCCUAUCGCUGAUUUCGCUUGACCUCGUACUCGGCUGGGGACCCGCUGCACCACGUAUUGAUAGCAGAGACACAGAUCUGUUGGUGAACUUAGUGGAAGGAGAUAGCAGUACAGGAUUUACUGUGCAUUGCCAAAAAUCGUUACGGGUCGAUGGAGCCGUGCCGCUGGAUCUGCGGUGGACGUUCAAUGGAGAAUUGAUCCCUCUGGAGCGGCAGAAGAUUGAGACAGUCAAUGGCAGCAGUCACGUCUCUUACACUAAUACUCUAGAUCUCAACGUGCGAGGCACGUGGCUGGAGGCUGAUGCUGGAACGUAUGGCUGCUCCGCGCGAAUCACUGGCACCAACGAGACGUCCUUCCCCGGAAAAUUUCAGCUAGUCGUCAAUGUACGACCUGAAGUAUUGACACUGGAGGAUGCGCAGGUUGGACUGCAAGAAAACGUCACACUGACUUGCACUACGCGUGCUACGCUACCUCUCAAUUUUACGUGGAGUCGAGGCAGCACCGUUCUGGAAACAGCAGCUAAAGUGAACAACAACACUAACACGUUCACGCUGACCAAUGCCAAUCGCGCAGAUGCAGGCAACUAUACAUGCCGUGCAAGCAACCGCUUCGGCAGUGCGAGCGAUUCAGCAGUCGUCAAUUUGAUAGCUGCUCCGGAUGCACGCCCAUCGAUUUCAAGAAUUGUGCCUAUUUUUCUCGGGUCUCUGCAAAUAGAAUGGACCGGAAUUCCCCUGGAGUCAGCAUUUGGAGACCUUCAAGGCUACACGAUCGCUUACACUACCAUCAACUGCAAGCAGUGUGGCAUUUGCGGGCGCUCGCUGUGCGAGAGCAACGGGUCUAUUGCCACCGAUGCGAAAGAGCCGCUCCGGCAUGCGCUGCGAGGACUGCAUCACGGCACGAAGUACUCCGUCACGGUUGCGGCGCAUAACAAGGCCGGUACUGGACCCCGCAGCGCGCCGCAGACUGCGUGGACUAACCGAGCGACACCCGAUGCACCCAAAUCGCUUCAAGCCAGGCCGGAGCUGGGCGCCCGUGGAAUACGAGUGACCUUCACGCCGCCACUGCCCAAACUCGGCGGCGGCAUCACACGCUACGAGCUCACGUACGUGUCUCUAGAGCCGGGCCACCAGUUUGUUCCCAUCACACACAGCAUCAGCCGGUUUUCUAGCCGUCGAGCUACCGUCCGGUUGCGUGUGCUGGGGUUGCAACGGCUGACAAAGUACCUCUUCACAGUGCGUGCCGUCAAUUCGUACGGCCGUGGUCAACCUGCGACUAUCGAAGGCACUACAGAAGCGUUCCCGGUCAUCACUUCCCCGCCAAGCAUAGUGGAGCUUCGGCGCGGCGCCACGGCCGUCCUGCGCUGCACCAGCAAGGGCACGCCGGACACCCUGGUGUACUGGGUGACGCCGUCGCUGCCGUCGCUCGACGCCAACCUGCGUCUGGUGGACGUGAAGCCGAGCGAUGCUGGAACGUACGAGUGCAAGGCGAAGAACAAGUGGGGUGAAGACACCCAUGUGACACGGAUCAUAGUACGCCCUUCUCCUUUCCGCCCGCGUCCGACCGUCGUGCACUCGCCACCUUUCCUGGAUGGCUUCCCGCUGCCGAGCAUCCCGGGCGCUCGGCCCACCGUCAGGACGACCUCGCGCCCGGGCAGGAUGGGCGCCGUCAGUCUGUACACCGGCAUCGGCAUGAGCAUGCUGUUCGUCUUGGCCAUCGUCAUCUCGGUCUGGAUAUGCCGCAAGCGAUUCUCAAAGUGGAUGCAAUCCGGGAACACUCAAGCCGACCAACCAGGGCACAAUGCAGAAGCACUAGGCUGGGAUAGCCCGAGCUUCAACGACCCCGGCGGAGAGCUUGGCGUGCCGUCGCACUCCGAGAGAGCAGGCACGGACAUGGAUCCGCGCCGACCUCGCGGCUCACGACUGGCGCCGGAGCAAGAGAGGACGACGUGUAGCCUUGACGAAGCGCACUCGCGAGUCCCAGGCGCCGCACGCCGGCAGGGAAGUGAUGUCCGCAGGAGUAUGCGGUCGCAUCGAACCGUCUCUGCGCAGUCGUCAAUGCCUGGUGAAUGCCGUGGGUACGAAGCACGCGGUUCAGUUCCAGAAGGUCCCAGCAUUCUGUCACAGGCGCCACCGCCGCCAUACAGCAUUGUGGACAACAACGCCAAGCCGUCAAACCCACCGUCGUACGAAUCUGUCCUUGCAGCAGAACAACCCGUUUGAACAACCGCAGCAGCAUCUGCAUCUCAGCAGAGAUUCAAUUGAAGACGGUUGAUGUGAGAGAAGCACAGGAAAUAACCAAUGACAGUUUCCCGGCAGCAAUUAUAUUGAGUGUACAUUCAUUUUUAGUGAUCGCAAGCACAAACACAAGCAUGCACACACACACACAUACACACACACACACACACACGCACACACACACGCACACACACAGCAUUAUAGAGAAAUUAUUUCAUCACUUAUUCAAAGCGCUUACUCGGCUAAGCACAUUUUAUGCUCCAAGACUCGCCACAUUUACUCGAGACCUCCCUUCUAUAUCAAUCCAUUCAGCAUAUAAUUAUACCAUUUCGACUGUACAUUGCUGCUAUCAAUUGUCUGAGGAGUGCCACCUGGCAUGAAACUAAGUUUUUAUACAACUGACCAGACACACAUGGCUGAAUAAUAACGCAGGGCCUAGGCUAGAGGCGUUAAAAUAUCACAGUCUGGCUUUUUUUAACAAUAAUAUUAUUAUAUAUAAAUAAACAUUAUUAUAAUUAAUGUGUUCAUCCAUCCACUGAAUCAAUCUAGUCUGCACUAAAUUACUACAGUGACUAAAUCUAGGUUCAUCUAUCCGCUAUCUAGUCUGCACUAAUCUAGGUCACUUUAUACUGAACUAACACUUGACUGUACGUAAAUCUUCUCGUACUACACCGCGCUGGUACAGUGCGUGCGUUGUUGUUAUGUCACAUCCACACUUUAUAAUAUUAUUAUGAUAGCCAACGAUUGCGCUCAACGAAAUCAAGUGGAUCGUUUAGCGCAGGAACCAUUUUGCCAGACCUCAGCAAAGUACGAAACUAAUCGAAAGUACUGUACUUCACUGACUGUGUAACUGUUCCACACUUCAA